CAGAAAAUGUAGUUGCAUUCUUGACAUUAAUCCAGGCAAAAUAGUCUGUAACAAAAUGUUGUUCUCAAGGUUUUAUACUUUUGUUGUUUUGUUUCAAAUAUACAAUUUUCAAUUUGUUCUUGCAAAAGAACCAGUUUGUUCAAAAUUUGCUUACGAAGAACAACUUUUAGAGAAAAUGAUAAGGACUGAAAUUAAAGUAGAAACCAUGGCAAACGAAAUUAAGGCGACACAAGAGACUGUCAUGGACACUUUAGGCGUCAUUAAGAAAACUGUUCAAGAAUUCACGGACAAGUUUGAAAGCUUACAGAUCAACAUUACGGAACGAAUGCUGGAGGAAACUAAAAAAAUUGAGAAGAAAACAAAGUUCUUUGAGAAGUUAUAUGAAGCGUCUCGAGUGAAUUUAACGCAAGAAAUUGAAAGCCAAAGAAACAGUGUUGUCAAAUUACAAGAAAAGUAUGAACGUCCUGUUAUUUUUUAUGCACAUCAUGUGACAGAUGUUGACACCGAUGAAACAGAGCGGAUUAUAUUUAAUUAUGCCAUCAUAAACGAAAGAUCUGGAUAUGACACUUCAACAGGAAUCUUCACAGCCCCUGUUUCGGGUCUGUACCAGUUUGCUGUCCAUUUGUGUACACCGAUUUCGAAAUACGUUUAUGUAGAAAUAUUUCAUGAAGGAAACGUCAUCAUGAAAGAUUACCUUUAUGGUGUGGGAGAAAAUGCCGUUUGCAGCUCAGUGACUGGAAUAGUGAGAGUGAAAUCAGGGGAACAAGUAUGGGUUCAGCAUCGUUCAAAAAAUUCAAACUACAAACUUAUUGAAGACAUACACAGAAUGAACACGUUUCUCGGAAUGAUUAUUAAUAGCUAG